GGCAAUAUUGUAAUAGAUGAAAAUGGAGGAUCGAUUUUGGUCUCACGAACCGACAAAGUCGUGGUUCCUUCCAGUCGUCUUCAGAUAAUCCAGAUAUGGCUUAGCAGCGUAUACGGUCCCGGAAAGAUUUAA